AAACAAAUCGGCGACACGAACUUUGACAAAGCGAUUUCAGCUCGUCUCACCUCAUCUUGAUUAUAUACGGCCAAACCUCCAGGGUUACCAGCACCAUGCGUAGUGCAGCUUCACUCUCCACGAUAUAGCAAUUAAACUUUUGACGGCGCGGCAAUGUCAGAUGGCGGGAAGUCGCGCGCGUCGUCUUACUUCCAUUUCUUCGCCGGCCUGAGCUCAGGUGUUCUCUCCGCUGUCCUUCUCCAACCCGCCGACCUCCUCAAGACCCGCGUCCAGCAAUCGCACUCAAACACACUCCUCGGCACUAUUAGGUCGAUAGCCAGCGGACCAAACCCCAUACGGCAAUUCUGGAGAGGCACCCUACCAAGCACAAUACGUACAGGUUUUGGAUCUGCGAUAUACUUCUCUACUCUGAAUGCGCUGCGGCGCAGAGCAAGUCUAAUUGCUGCUGGCAGGAGUGAUGUAGUAAUCAAAGGAGGAGAGCACUCUAGCUCGUUACCCAAGUUGAGCAACACUGGAAACCUGGCAACCGGAGCAUUCGCGCGAACAUGGGCGGGCUUUGUCAUGAUGCCCAUCACAGUGCUGAAGGUGCGGUACGAGAGUAGCUUGUACUCUUACAACUCGCUCUUCACAGCCUCGAGAGACAUAUUCCGUACAGAAGGUCUGAAGGGUUUCUUCGCCGGCUUUGGCGCAACCGCUGUCCGCGACGCACCAUACGCAGGCCUCUACGUCCUCUUCUACGAACAGUCCAAGAAGAAGCUCUCAAGUCUCGCAACCAAGAUUGAGGAAACGUCCGGCGCUAGCACGAAACUCUCCUCCAGCACAUCUGCGGGCAUCAACUUCAUCUCUGGCGUCGCAGCAGCAGGACUCGGGACGACGAUGACGAACCCUUUCGAUGCGAUCAAGACGCGCAUACAGCUGAUGCCUGACCGAUACGGGAACACGGUGCAUGCGGCAAAGAAGAUGUUUGCUGAAGAGGGGACGAGGAGCUUCUUUGAUGGACUAGGUAUUAGGAUCGCCAGGAAGGCGAUGAGCAGUGCGCUUGCGUGGACAGUGUAUGAAGAGUUGAUUAGAAGGGCGGAAAGGGAGUGGCGGGAGGUUGCUGAGGAGGAGAAAAAUGUACGUGUAUGAUUAACGGUAUUCAAGGCGUUCUGGUAUUGGUGGCUGGGAUGAUACCUCUCUCCACUCAUCUGGGGCUCUUCGAAACAUUACAGCGGAGUCCAAGGCGCGACCAAAUGAUACAGGGGGUCUCAUCACGUGUCUAUUCUACGGGGAACUCGGCUAAUUGAGGAAACGAUUGGAUAUAUGACCAUUUUGCAUGAGCGCAGUACUUUAGCGAACCCUCUGUAGCUUUCAGGCUCGUACGUGGUUCUCGUACCGACUUCGCAU